GUGCUUGAGUACAUCUGACGUUCAUGGAACAGUUUCUCGCUGUUGGGAAGAGCUUCAACAAACCAGUGUAACCCAGGUUAAGACGUUUGGCACUAGUAUGAGAGUCUUUGUUCCUUCUCCUUCCUCUUCCUGCUCUGCACAGCUCUUCAGGUAUUAGCCACAAUAAGUAGAAAAGAGAAAAGCUGUCAGACUUGCUAAUGAGGCAGAAAUAGUGAAAAAACACAAAGAAACAAAAAAGAAACAGAAGGAAGUUAAAGCCUGUUAGAAGUGGGUGUCUCUGCACCACUGCCAGGCUGUGAACUUGACUUCAGUGAGGCAGCCCCUUCAUAAUAAAAUGUUUAAAGCAUAUGUCUACUAAAGCAAUACACGAUGCAAAUGGAUGUCAUAAAAUGACACUCAGCGGGUUAGCAUGUGUGACCAGAGCGCACGCCUGGCAUCAUCUUCCUAUAGAGAUGUCAGUGCGAUGAGGGUGGCAGCAUGGUGGAAUGUAACGCGUACUGAUCGUGUCAUUGAUGAAUCACCAUUUUGUAUAGAACGCUGGGGGGAAUCAAGGGUUAAUAGUUAUAGAAGUCAUCCAGACACCGUGUGUGCUGUGCAGUUGGCCUGUGAUGGAUGAGGAAGCCUAUCGCAACCUGCUAGGAGGCGGCCGAGGAUUUUCAGGAUCUCCAUGUCACCACGUGGGCUGGUUCCUCCCCCGCCGAGACAAAUGACUCUUAAUAUCGUUGGAGAUUUCCACUAAUUCACUUGACAUUUUAGGGACGUCUCGUUAAUUCCAGCCCAUCUCAUGUGAAUUGGAUUCAUAGGAACAGUCCUGCAGUACCAAUUUACACUUGACAGCAGAGUUGGAGGCAGGAAGAUGCAGGAAGUGUAAUGUGUAGUGUGAUAUAUGUAAAAUAUAGUGAAGAUUAAAAACAAAGCAAUUUAUAUAUACAUAAUGAACUUACAAUGAUGCUUUUAGGGAGUCUCAGACUCAAAUUACUAGUGUAAUAAUUGUACUGAAAUUAUCAAAAUUCUUGUACAAUAUUGUAUUACACUUCACUCUGUUGGUUUGUAGGUAGUUUAGUUAGCUUUUUGUAAUAUUUGCAUAGUGUGUACUUAGGUUCACUGUUUUUCUUCUUGAGAAUGACUUGGGGCCACUGGCAUGAAGAAAGAAUUGGUCAGCAAUAUUUUUAACUUUCAGGGGUGAAUUAAAUUUCCCCUUCAAAAAAUAGAAUUUGUGCCUUUGGACUGUUUCCUGUUGAAUAUGUUGCUGACACUCCAAGGAAUUCACUCCCCCACACUCAACACUGUCCUCUAAACACAUCCUCCAGAUAUUGCAUCCUGUAGCCACCUCACUAAAAUGACGCAUGGUGCAGCUUUUAUCAUGGACUUUAUUUAUUUACUAUGUGGACGUCAUCGCAUGGUAAUGGCAGUGCCCGCUAAUAUUGGGCUUUAUUACAUUUUAAGGCAAUAAACACGUGGAACAUGUAUGCAAGCUUAACCCACAAUUUUCUUUUCUGCUGUUGCUUUUGUAAUUACUUCAAUUGGAUUGGAGCGUGGAGCUGCAGGCAGAUUGAACAUUAGUGGUCCUCAUUGUGUUGUUUGAAUGAGACGUGCAGUGGAGAAAAAAAAAUGUUAUUUACUGUAAGUCUUAUGAUUUUUACUUUGUAGAGGGAACCUACAUAUGAGUUCCAAACAAAAGCUGCACUUAAAUAAACCCGACAAAUGUUUGGUAAAGAUCGAUUUGUGUAAAUGCCAUUCACACACACUAUUGCUGCACCUCUUAUAGAUCUUAUAGGUCUUAUAGAUUAGAUAUUUACUUAGACCAGAAAUGGACAGGCGAGUUCCGAGCUACCGUAUCUUCUCUGUUUCAAUAUUUGUGAAUGUUGAGCCCCAAGUGUUCAUAUAUUCAGUGUGAUGCAAACAUGUGCCAUAAAAAGCAAUAAUCUGUGAUAAAUUAAUCCCCCUGCAGAGCUAUGCCGAUACCUGUAGCUUCAUAGAGGCAGAAAGUAGGAAGGGCAUGAGGAAAUUGAUAUAAUUAGACAAUGAAUGAAAAAUCGUCAGUGUCACUCAAGUAUUCUGACUACCAACAUUUAGAUUAUGUGUAGUUCAGCUAAUAUAAGUAGCACAUAUAUGCAUUGAGUCAGCAAGAAGACUGAAGUUUUGUGUAUAGUAAUUAAGCAUUGUAUAUGAAUUUUGGUGCAGUCACUGGUCAAUAAGUGUUUUUACUAUAAUAGCUUAAGCCUCGAGGGGCGGCGUUAAUCGAGUCCAAUAUGGAUGUUGUGUAAUCUUAACAAAAGCAAUAAAAGCCUAUUUUCAAUUACAACUUAAUGCAACAUACCUUUUUCAAUAACUGUGGCAACAUUUCUUUAAUUAAUUCUGAAAGCGUGAGGCUGACGUACUUUAGAUGAGCUGCAAUUAUUUGGCUUAUGUUAUUGUAACUAUAUUUUUAAUUGCUGUUGAGCUUCUGGACAUUUCUAUUGGGGUAUUGGAAUAAAACCUCUGAAUGGGAGGGCAAGGUCACAUGAUGUGUGUGUGUGUGUGUGUGUGUGUGUGUGUGUGUGUGUGUGUGUGUGUAUUACCAGUAAUUUGCUGCAUAAGAAAGCGUUUUGUCUCACUAAAAACAAGCAAGUAAGGAUUGGGCCCAAAAGUGAAUGAAGAUAAUAUUAAUAUUACUGGAUUCUGCUAAUACAAAGAUAGUUAUGUAAAUGUAUAUUAUAUAUAUUUCAAUAUUUAAGAUUGAAUAUAAAAGUUGCAUUUGUAAAAGUAAUUUUGUUCGAUCACAAGACAUGCAGACCUGCCUAUAUAUAAAAUGUAACUGGUACAGUACAUGUAUAGCAGUUGCAUAUUUUUCCAAAUGUAAAGGGUGAAGAUCAAUUAAUCAGCCUUGACUGAUGCCUCAGCAUUAUUAUCGUGUGUACUUGUGGCACAAAGGACAUUCAUGAUGUGUUGUAAAUGUUGUGCUGUGUGCAAAUGAUGAACGUAGGGCUAAAAAGAAAAGCUAUGCCUCAAGGUUAUUAAUAUUUUAUUUAUUUUUCUUGUGAUCAAAAUGAAUUUCCUGUACACAUACAGUAUAAAGCUUAUAUAUUCAUUUAUGGUUCCGUAAGCUAUAAACUGUCUUUGCAGUAUUGAACUGUACGUGUAGCCGCCAUUGCCUUCACUAGCCUGUGACAUCUAAACUCUAAGUGGUCUGAGCUCAUGUCUGUGAUCAAUGUACUAACAGUACAGUAAAUAGGAUAAAACACGUGAAGGCAUGAGUUUUUCAUGGUCAUAAAAAAUGUGGUUUAAUAGUGUUUGUGUCUAUUGAUUUUUCCUGUAAUCAAAAUAUCAUUGACCUCCAACAACACCAGUAUGAUCAUUGGCAUAAUUUCGCAUCAGCCUUGGCCUGCAUUAAAAACAAAUCAAAAAGCACUGGCUUGUCAUCAGUUUGCCUUAAAGGUAAGUACAUUUUUGAUAGUCGUGUGAGCUUUCCCAAGAAAUCAACAGAUGGCGCGCUCUGGUAUUUUAUUGGGGUUGUGUGUGUGUGUUCCCAACAACAGAUGGCGUUCACCCUGCAGAUGCUGCAGGUGCCUCAGGUCCAGGUAUCUGGUCACUGGCUAUCUCACCUUGCCCCCUGGGGAUGUUGCAAGUGUAUUCCUUGUGUCACAUCUGUACCUGCCUUUGCCCACAUCAUUCAUUAUAGUUUCUGUCCACUGCUUCAGAGUGCUAGUUCGCUCCAGUUUGACCCAAUGACAGAGGAAAGUCAAUGCAACAGCAACGACAACAACACUAUUGACAUGGAUGGACAUAGAACGUGCGAGUAGAUUUAUAUCUUCCUUAAAGAGGUAGUAGGUAUGAUUGACAGGUGAUCUUGGCAGUCUUGGUAUCCUAGGUGAUUAUGCAUGCAUGGGAUGAAUCCCUGCUUGUGUGUGGGUUUUUGUGUCUGAAGGUGGAUGCGUGUUAGAGUGUAACAAAGACAGCUGUGUGAAUCAGUAAGGCAAAACAUGCCUGUUUGAGUGCAAGAUGACCUCCUGACCCUGGAUCCUGGGGCUGUUCCAUGGAUCUCUGCUCAAAGAGACUGCCGUCAGUGGGAACGCGUCCUUUGGUGUUACCAGUAAUACAGUUGCUUCACUGUGUUUGAGGAGCCCAUGAACUGUGUGUGUGUGUGUGUGUGUGUGUGUGUGUGUGUGUGUGUGUGUGUGUGUGUGUGUGUGUGUGUGUGUGUGUGUGUGUGUGUGUGUGUGUGUGCGUGCGUGCGUGCGUGUGUGUGUGUGUGUGCGUGUGUGUGCGUGCGUGUGUGUGUGUGUGUGUGUGUUGGAUUCAAUCCCCUCCUGGCAGACCGUCAAAUCUACAGAAGAGCUCACCCUCCAACAGUUCGUCAUGCAUCUAUGUUAACAAUGCUAUGCUGUCAUAGUACACGUAUGUUAAAUAGAUAUGUUUUAAUUAGCAGCGUGCAUCUGUAGUGUGAGUAAUCCCUCUGUUUUUACCAAAUCAAACAGGAUAGCCAUUUUUUUUCAGGUUGAGGUGAAUGAGUUUCAGUGUACUGUACAAGUGCAGAAAAUAUCAAAGUAGGCACUUCACAAUGUCAGAGGUCUAAUCCUGUGUGUUCUCUCUCGAAAAGGGACCAUGUUCUCGGUCAAAGGUUCUUGUUGAAUGGGUGAUCUCUGGCCAUCUGAGUUGAGCCUGUUCCCAGGUUGGACCGCGGGCCCAUGCUGAAGAAAGGCUGCUUCAGGAUCUGUUUGCACAUUACAAUAAGCUUUCCCGGCCUGUGGAGAACACAUCAGACACCGUGCUGGUUCACUUCGGACUGUCUAUUGCCCAGCUUAUUGACGUGGACGAGAAGAACCAGAUGAUGACCACAAACGUUUGGGUCAAGCAAGAAUGGAAUGAUUACAAACUGCGAUGGAACCCAGAGGAAUAUGAAAAUGUCACCUCCAUCCGUAUUCCCUCCGAGAUCAUCUGGAGGCCCGACAUCGUCCUCUACAACAACGCUGAUGGGGACUUUGCGGUAACUCAUCUGACGAAGGCGCAUCUGUUCCACGACGGGCGGAUUAAGUGGAUGCCGCCGGCCAUCUACAAGUCCUCGUGCAGCAUAGACGUCACCUUUUUCCCUUUUGACCAGCAAAGCUGCAAGAUGAAGUUUGGCUCGUGGACUUAUGACCGCGCCAAGAUCGAUUUGAUCAGCAUGGCCGGUGAUGUGGACCAGAUGGACUAUUGGGAAAGUGGCGAGUGGGUCAUUGUCAAUGCAGUGGGCAAGUACAACACCAAAAAGUAUGAGUGCUGCACAGAGAUCUAUGCAGACAUCACGUACUAUUUCAUCAUCCGGAGGCUUCCAUUGUUCUACACUAUUAACCUCAUCAUCCCCUGUCUGCUCAUCUCCUGUCUCACUGUGCUGGUGUUCUAUUUGCCAUCGCAAUGUGGAGAGAAGAUUACUUUGUGCAUCUCUGUGCUACUGUCUCUAACAGUGUUCCUCCUGCUGAUCACAGAGAUCAUCCCAUCCACAUCUCUGGUGAUCCCGCUGAUCGGUGAAUACUUGCUGUUCACCAUGGUCUUUGUCACGCUGUCCAUCAUAAUCACCGUCUUCGUGUUGAACGUGCAUCACCGAUCGCCCCAGACCCACGGCAUGCCCCACUGGGUGCGCAGAGUGUUCUUGGACUUGGUCCCGCGAGUGCUCUUCAUGAAGCGUCCCCCGGGCACAGCUAAGCAGCACUGCAAGAAGCUGAUUGAGAUGAUGCACCGGCCGACCACAGUGUCUGCGACGGGCAACUCGCAGGCCUUUUGGACAGGGUUAGAGGCCGGACUCAGACAAACAGGGCAGGCAGAGAUUUUGCUUCCACAGACUCAGUGUGACAGUCCAAACAUCCUUGUCUGCUCACCUUCUCCACCUUCUUCCCCUCUUGAUGAUGGUAAUGAGGUAGAUCAUCCACCAAAGCCCAACGUUUUCGGCCGCUCCACUUCCGGCCAGUAUUCAGUGCUCUCGGAGAAACACCCCCUGCGUAGACACAACUCUGCAGCCUCAUCUACUUCCCAGUUGUCCUUGCCCCCCACUUUGCCAAUGGGGCCGCUUCGCAGCAAGUCCAGGGACGAACCGACCGCGCUGGCCCCGAACGGCCGCUCCCUCAGCGCUGAGCAAAUGUGCGACAAACAGAAGGAGAUGGCGGAGAGAGCGGUGUACCGGUGUCGCUCCCAGAGCUUCCAGUAUUGCUGUCUGCAUGAUGAUGAACUCGGGGUGAUUGGGAUCAAAGGGCGGGUGAAGAAACAAGUCCAUGCAGAUCACCUAUCGGAAAGCCUCACAGCAGAGUCCACCAAAGACGCCAGUACCCAGCAGGACUUGCUGAUUUCCGCUAUUUCUCCAGCCGUGCAGCGAGCCAUAGAAGGAGUCCAGUACAUAGCGGAUCAUCUGAAAGCAGAGGACGCAGAUUUUUCUGUCAAGGAAGACUGGAAGUACGUGGCCAUGGUCAUUGACAGGAUAUUCCUCUGGAUGUUUGUACUGGUGUGUAUACUGGGAUCUGUGGGACUCUUUCUUCCUCCCUGGCUGGCUGGAAUGAUUUGAGCUCGUAAAGAGAAACAUCUGGGAACACUGAUGUUAGCAUAUGCUCCCUCAUAUUACAAAACAAAUGUUUAUGCUUAUUUUACCAAAGGAACUCUUCAGUUACACUCCUUGCUUUUGCUUCAAGUUGUUGAAGGGUUACACACAGCGGGACAAGAUUAAAUAUCUAUCUCAGAUUCUAUUGGGCUUAUAAAUUCUUUACAAGGACAGAAGGCCAACAGCGAAAACAUCCUUCUGCACCACUAGAUCUUGACAUUGAGCUGUGUCACCAUCGAGAAAAGCAAUGACCUGGGCCGCUUUAUUGUUGGGAAUAACAGCAGAGACUGGGGAAUUGUGAGAUAGCGUAUGAAGAGAUGAACUUUGGUUUUAAUCUCAAAUGACAAAAACACAGUUGACAGUUUGGGUUCUUAUUUUCAUUAAUGAUUUGGUGCAAAACAUUUAUCAGGAUUUAGUGCUGGGAUUCUAGGAAGGAGUGUUUGUGUGUUUCAGUGGUUAUCGUUUAGGUAAGGUCUUAAACGGUUCUGUGGUUUUUCCAAUGAAUUUCUUUCAACCAUCUAUUUUUUUUUUUCUUCUACAGCACUUUGUUGUUAACAGAGAAAGAUUUAAGGUCACCACCUCAUGUUUCCCAUUAACCUUAGUCAGAAAGGUAGAAAGAUUGAGUAUCAAGUUUAUCAAGUGUGAUUUUCCGGGAGUAAAUCUUGAUUUUGUGUAUUAGUAUUAAAACUCAGAUGUAUUUCUGUAAACACUUGGGUUACUGUAGUUAAAUUAAGAAGCAGCCUUAGCGUGCAUUGUUACAAAGUAAAACAUCUGAAGAGUAACUGAAAGGCUUUUAUAACAUGUGAAAGGCUGAUGAAGUCACUUCCAAAUGUUGACCACUGAGUUAAAGCAAAGGUGAAACGUAUCCAAAUCAAGGUCAGUGAGCAAGCAAACAAAGGCGUAAGUGUAAAACUCCAGCACCAGGUAUUAUACAGUACAUGCAAUUUGUACAUUUACAGUGGGCCAAGGAUUACAAACAGAACAGUAACAGAUGGUUUUUACAUACUGUCAAUAUUGUCAGUUAUUACUUGACUUUUUGUUAACUUGAAUUCUGAUCUGACUUUUUAUGCAUUAUGGCUUUUCCAUUCAAACAACUAAAUGGGAAUGUCAUGCAUACAAGAAUCACACCUUGAGUUCUGCUUUUCAACUGUGAAAUGUUCAUUGUGCUGAAGGAUUAACUCAGCAGAGGAUGAAGAGCCCCAUGUAGAGUAAUGGUGAAAUGCUAUAUACUGUAUGAAAUGCAUGUGAAGACACAUGCGGGUGGAGUAGCUCUGUCAAUGCACUGCAAUGCAUGACGUUAAAAUGCUGUAUCCUAGUGACCAAGGGUUGCACUGGUUGUUGGAUUGUUUUCAGACAUUCCCACCAGAUCAAUUAUGAUAUUGUUUAUUACUUUAUACUAUUAUUAUUAAUACUUUAUGACUUAUAUGUACAGAACUAAUGACAAGACUGAACACAUUUACUUUCUUCUAUUUGGCAAAGCCAUGCCAGCCACAACGUACAUAAUCUACCUGUAUAAAAUCAGCACAAUAACAAUGUUAUUGUACAGUAGGCACGUUAUCAUACUGAUGUUAGCACUUAGCUCGAACAAGUGUGGAGCCUCGUGGAACCGCUAACGCAGCUAUGGUAGCGAUUGUGAAAUAAAGGUCAGCAGUGAUGGAGACUGUGUUAUGGCCAGGACUCAAAUUAACUGAUCAUCCAAAAAAAGAUUGAAGUCAUAUUUAAAUGUUUUAGUAUUCAUUUCACUUGAUUGUUGUUAAAAGGACAUUGAAGCAGUUUUUUAAAUAUGUGCAUAUGCUAUUUAUUUUUGUCUUUAACACUAUAGACACAAUAAAUGUUAUUUAUGUUUUA